AUGCAAGCCGCAGGCAACGCAUAUCAGAAUUAUCUCGGGCCUGUGAAAACGGAUGUUAAACCGGAGUACACCCCAGCGUCUGACGGCUCAAAAAUGCGGGCUCUCGCCUGGUUCGGCAACAAGGACGUUCGGAUGGUCGACGCUCCCGUCCCAGAUAUCACCGAACCGGAAGACGUCAUCCUGAAAGUUACUGGAACAACGAUUUGCGGUUCUGACCUCCACUUGUAUCAUGGAGAAAUUAUGACGAUGCAGAAGGGCGACAUUCUUGGCCAUGAAUUUAUGGGCGUAAUUGACAAAGUCGGCCCCGGAGUUUUGCAUCUUCAACCCGGGCAACGCGUUGUGGCCUCUUUCCAAAUCGCUUGCGGCAAAUGCAGUUAUUGCCAAAGGAAGUUGUCAUCUUUCUGCGACAGAACGAACAACUCCUCCCUCCAGAACGUCAUGUACGGCCAUCGUGACGCCGGAUUCUUUGGAUACUCUCAUUUCACAGGUGGCUUUCCUGGCGGCCAAGCAGAGUUCGUUCGUGUGCCAAAAGGGGAGGUCAACCUCCUCCCCGUUCCAGAUGAAGUUACCGACGAACAAGCACUUUAUCUGUCCGAUAUCAUCCCUACUAGCUAUCAUGCGGUCGUUGAUACCGGCGUCGAAAAGGGGGAAGUGGUCGGAAUUUGGGGACUGGGGCCGAUUGGACUAUGCGCUGCACGAUGGUGUCAGCUAAAGGGCGCCUCUCGCGUCAUCGGCAUCGACAGGGUAUCUGAGCGUCUGGCCAUGGCGAAGAAUAAAUUGGGCAUCGAAACCCUCGACUUCUCUCAAUAUUCCGAUGUCCCUAAGCGGCUCGCCGACCUCGUCCCCGGUGGAAUUGACGUCGGUAUUGAUUGCGGGACUUUCCAUGAGCCAAAAACCAUUACCCAUAAGGUCCAAAAAUUGAUGAUGCUCGAAACCGAUUCUCCCGAGACCCUAAACGAAAUGCUUCUGGCUGUCAGGAAGCAGGGCAAGAUUGGUCUCAUCGCAGCUUAUGCAGGGUUUGCGAACGGCGUCAACGUCGGAGCGUUGAUGGAGAAGGGAAUCCGGUUGACCGGAAAUGGGCAAGCGCCGGUCCACCUCUAUUGGAAAGAAAUCUUGCACGACUACAUCAUGACCGGGAAAUUCGAUCCUACUUUGGUCCUCACGCACCGCGUGCCGCUUGAGGAUAUGCCCAAGCUCUACGCCGCGUUCGAUAAGCGGCAAAGUGGCGUCGAGAAGGUAUUCGUCGAAACCCGGUUCUCCUCGCCUCCCAGCAAGGGCUGCCCUACGCUCACUCGCGUGGAUGAGUGGAGUGCCAGGAAUUGA